AGUAGGAAAGGAACGCAGCGAUGCCAAGGUUCGUUCCAGGAGGGGAAAAACAGGGCAUGGACAAUCUUCAGCCGAGUAACGGCAGAUCCACCGAUUCCGGUACCGUAGAAAUCGGGAAGAGAGAAAGAGAAGUAAUGAAUCAACUGAAAACAGGGGGGAGCAGUUCCAAAUCGGUCGGGAAAAAGCGACAGAACGUUGAGCUUACGGUCAAAAAAUUUUUGAAGCAAUGGAAGAAGGUUAAGAAGAGUGCGGCGGAGAAAGUGGCUCACUCGAGGACGGAAAUGGAGAACAUGGUUGUUGCUGCUGACGAGAAGGAAAAGGAUGUUAAACUCGAGAAGGAGAAACUGGAUGGAGCUCUCGCUGCUAUGCUGCUUAUGUUAGGAACAGAGCACGUCCUUAUGCAGGCCCUGUUUCCCCCAAGCGGGAACUGCUAAAUCCAAAGUUCAAUGUCUUUUAUUCGGCUGCUUCCUACUUUCAGUUUAAUUUAUUACUCUGCUUUUGGUGUGCCCUUUUCCCCCCCUUUUUCCUUUUUUCUUUUUUAAGGGUAAUGGUCAGUAAAUUAGUAUUGUUAGAUAUUAGUAACUGAGAAUUCGAUUUCCAAAUCAAAUGAACAACCCACCUGUCGCAACGAGACACACGGCCAUUGGCCGCUUGGUGGAGUUCUUCUUCCUUUUAGCUAUAUAUGUUAUAAGUUGUAUGGCUUUGUCUUCUUAUGAGUGUUCAAGUAUUUAGAAUUUUUUUUUUUUUUCUGAGUAAUCUUAUUUGCUUCUUAGAGUGAUUGGUUUUGUGCAUCUAUUUAUUUU